GAUUCGCGCAGAUAGCCAGGGAGGAAGGGGAACGGGACGGGGAAAGUGAGGUGACGGCACCGGGGAGUAACGGUAUCUGUCUGUGGCUGUUGAGAUUUCAUCGCGCGUUCCUAACGAUAACGACGACGACGACGACGCGCUUCCUCCUCCUCGAAACCCCACCAUCCAAAACCUACGACUCCAUCUUCUCCCGUCGAUCGCUCUUCGGAUUCGCCGUUUGAUCGACGCAGAAUCAGUCACCUUCCAUCGAUCUCGCGCGCUUCGCUGCCGCCGAGCGCUGGGAACCGCCGGGUCGCGAGGUUUUAGGGUUGGAUACGAGAGGAGCGGCGGCGGAUGAGCGGUUGCCGCGGCGGCGAGAGGGGCGGAGGAGAGCCGGAAGGAUGGCACAGCCAGAAUUGGCUCCCCGAGGGAGCUGGGUGGCGUCGGCUUACAGGGGCAUGUCCGCCGACAAUAUCAAGGGCCUGGUGCUUGCCCUCUCCUCGAGCGCCUUCAUCGGCGCCAGCUUCAUCAUCAAGAAGAAGGGCCUAAAGAAGGCUGCGGCCUCCGGGAUUAGGGCUGGGGUCGGAGGUUAUUCUUACUUGUACGAGCCACUUUGGUGGAUUGGCAUGAUCACAAUGAUCGUGGGUGAAGCUGCCAAUUUUGCUGCUUACGCAUUUGCUCCGGCCAUUCUUGUGACUCCUCUUGGUGCACUUAGCAUAAUAAUAAGUGCGGCAUUAGCACAUAUUAUCCUACGGGAAAGGCUGAAUAUUUUGGGUAUUGUUGGCUGUGUUCUUUGUGUUGUGGGAUCAACGACAAUUGUUCUCCAUGCUCCACAGGAGAGGGAAAUCGAAUCCGUGAAGGAAGUGUGGAAUCUUGCUACCGAACCAGCCUUCCUCUGCUAUGCGACUAUCGUGGGUGCAGUUAUUUUGGUGCUCAUUUUUUGUUAUAUCCCUCGGUAUGGGCAGACAAAUAUAAUGUUUUAUGUUGGUGUCUGUUCCCUAGUUGGUUCUUUAUCGGUCAUGAGUGUCAAAGCUCUUGGGAUUGCUCUAAAAUUAACAUUUUCAGGAAUGAAUCAAUUGAUAUACCCACAAACUUGGGCUUUCACCAUUGUGGUACUUAUUUGUGUGGUUACACAAAUGAACUAUCUAAAUAAGGCACUUGAUACGUUUAAGACGGCAGUUGUAUCACCAAUUUACUAUGUGAUGUUUACAUCGUUGACCAUUUUGGCUAGCACGAUCAUGUUCAAGGAAUGGGAUGGGCAGAACCCGACGCAGAUCGUCACGGAGAUGUGCGGUUUCGUGACGAUUCUUUCAGGGACAUUCCUGCUUCACAAGACGAAGGACAUGGCCGACGGUGGUCUUGCGACAUCGCCGUCGCGAUUCCACAAGCAUGCCGAUGAGAACGGUUACACCUACGAAGGAAUUCCUCUCAAGUGUCAUGAGCCUUCGAGGGCGCCGUGAGGUGAGCCAACCAAGUACGCUCUCAGUCUAGCUUUUAACUACCAGAGAAUACAGCUGCCUGCAUUCAUUGGCUUAAAUGGCAUCAAACUGGCUCUUUGGAUGAUACCGAGGAAUCAGUGAACGCCAUGUCAAGAUAGAUUCCAAGCUUACUCUAAUUCUAGGCAUCUGAGUAGGUAUUUAUUUUUCGUUGAAGGACUGACUGGUAGUAGAUAGAUAAUCCAUGUUCUUUUGAGCUACUAUACCAGAAUUUCUUGGUGGGGGCAAUCUCCACCGUGACA